CUAAUUCCUCCUCUUGUCUCCUUCCAGGUCCACAGCAAGGACAAGAAGUACGUGUGCAAGGUGUGCAACCGCGUCUUCAUGUCUGCCGCCAGCGUGGGCAUCAAGCACGGCUCGAGGAGGCACGGGGUGUGCAUGGACUGUGCGGGAAGAGGCGUGGGCCGCGGCGGCCACUCCCCUGACGCCAUGUACUCAGGCGAAGGGCACUACAUGGAAGACGUAGACGAGCUGAAGGUGGACGAGGACAUUGGAGGAGAGGAGGAGGACGACGACAUCAAGUGGAAGGACGAGGCGGAGACCUCUCAGGACGACGUCAUACUGGAGGACGAUGAGAUCGAAGAGUGCACGCCGGACGUCAGCCGCGGCCCCAUGAAAGAAUUCACCUGGAUUGCCUAGUCCUGCCGGAACUUUCUAAAGACUCCUCCGGAGAGACUUUCCUAU